CAAGCAUUACAAAUCUAUGUUUUGAAAUAAAAAAAUUCACCUAUUCAAAAAUUUAAAUACUUUAAUUAGUAUAAUCAAUAUUUAUGUUAUGAAUAGAACCCGUAUUAAUCAUAUCAAAUAUAAUUGACAACCUUUGUAACUGAAUAUAAAUGUUUAUUGUACAAAUUUGUGCAGUUCACCAAAAAAAUAAGAAUCAAUUAAAUUAAUGUUACAGCAAUCUAUCACAUAACUUAUUAUAAUAAACAAGUUACUGUGAGGAUGCAUAUUGUUUGUACUAUAUGUAGUGAUCUAGUAAACCAAGCAGAGAAUAUUUAUGGGACGAAAUGUGGACAUUUAUUUCACUACCAAUGCUUAGCACAAUGGCUAGAAAGAUCCAAGUCCUGCCCACAAUGUCGUCACAAGGUAACAGACAGGUGCAUGUUCCGAAUAUACCCCACAAUCUCAAACGAGAAUACUGGUGAUGAUGUGGCUACUUUAAACUCAAGGCUUGAUGAUGCACUUCUGCAGCUUCGACAACAGAAGGCCGCUCGUAAAGAGAAGGAGGACAAACUGGCAGCUCUAACUGUUGACUUGAAAAAGAAUAUAGAUCUUCUAACAGCUUGUGAGAAAAAACUCAUAAGCCGCGACUCGGCCGUGUCAGCAUUGAAAGAACAAUUGGAAUAUGUGAAGAUUCAAAAUAAGGAGACACAACGCUUGAAAGACGAAAAUGAAUCUCUCAAGAAAAAUAUGCAAACUUUAAAUGGUUUGCAGAAAGUGUUAAAUGCCACAAAUGAGGAGGUGGAAGAAAUGUUACAAGGAUAUACAGACGUACGAACAAUCGCUACGUUUGCGACGGCACUUAAAAGAGCUUUAUGUGAAUCUGAAUCAAAGAAGAAUGAGAUUAGAGAAAAAUUGCAGAUCGCUAAGCACAUGUUUGCUCUCGAAACAUCCAAGACUACAAGCCUACAGACGAAAACAGUACAAUUAGAAGAAAAACUAGCUCACACAGAACGGAAAUACCAAACGUUAAAGAAUAAGAGGAAAGCGUCAGUACUGAAGGACAAGUCGCUCAUCGAGGAGGCAGAGUCGGGUGUGAAGCAACUGAAAUAUUCAGAACAAUCUGACCAAUUGAAUGAAGCUAUCAUUGUUCCAGAAAAUAAUAAUAGUUUUAACACUAUGGUGAACAAGAUAGAGAAUGCAGACUCUCCUUACCUGAGCCUGAGGCAAAGCAGCCUCGCCUUAACAGCUCUUCAGCAGCGGCCCUCGCAGAUGGUGCCUGAUAACAAACUUAAGCCAUCAGAAUUCGCGCUACUGAACUCCGCCCGGAAUGCUGUCAUGAAGAAAGGUCUGGAGAAUGUCUCUGCGAAUAACCUUAGUAUCUUCCAUAAGAAGGAACCUCCUAAAAUGGAUUUUAAUAACGAUAAAAUAGAUUUCAAAGAUGCUCAAUUGAAUGUCUCAUACGACGGGCUCGGCGGACAUUCUAAAUUAGACUUAAUGCCGGUACCCACAAAGCAGCAAAUCAAAACUCGUAUACCAAAGCUGUCGGCUAAACAUAAGUUAAAAAAACCAAAUUCUGCUGGUAGUCAGGAUAUAAGUAAAAUGUUAGGAAAGUUAAGAGAUAAAUAAUUGUAAUUAUUGACGGCCUCGGUGGUCUAGCGGUUUAGUACACGGCUUUAAUUCCGUUGACAGCGGCUUCGAUUCCCCGCACGGUACAAAUAUUUGUAUUCAUUAGAAUGAUUCUUUACAUUAGUCUGGGUAUUUUUUAUGUAUAUUAUGUUUUCACGAAAAAAAAUAUAGACCAUUUGUUUGCCAUUCUUAUGGAAAUGUAGAGCUCAUUUUUCAUGUUGCGAGUACUUA